AGAGCGCGAAAAGGAAUUGUUCGUCAUUGUGCUUCACGGCAAAUCCUCAGCCAACUCAGUAUCAGUUUUUGAAGGAUUUCUCUCACUCUCACGGUUUUUCAAUCUCCUGCACUUACCGCCUUACCGUCGAUGUUCCAAUCUGCACUGUUGUUUCUGUAAUUUUAGAUGGAGCAGCAAAAUCCGCAUGGGAGAGGAGCCGAUGCAGUUUUAAAUCUUCAGCCAAACUCCUCGGUUGCUAUUGCAUAUCACUCACUUUUUGGUCCACAUGAUGAUUUAGUUCUUCUUGAGGUUGAUGAAAAGCUUCUGGAAGAAGUUCUCCACGAACGAGUAAGCAUCAGAGGACAGGCAGAAGAAGAAGCAGUCUUUUGCACGAAGUCGAAAACAUAUGGAAUAAAAUAUGUAGGAACGUCCAAUUCUGUACUCCUCAUACCCCCAUCAGGUCGAUCGGAAUACUACGAAAAUGAGCUAGAUAGCCAGGGGAAUGACAGCACUAAAGAAGUUGUUCCUGUGAUUAAACUUGCUCCAGGAAUCAUGGAACUUGUUGAGAUUGCUCCCAGAAUUGAUAAGCUUAAAUUGCUUCUUUCAGAGAAUCCUUACAGCUUAGCUGAUGAGUGGGAAAGCGAAGAGAUGGACAAAUGUGAGAAGCAAAUGUAUAAUUGGAAUGAUCUUUUAGACAAGGUUCAGGCUAGUGAUGAUGAACUGAAAGCUGGAUUACGAGCACUUUCCGCAGUUGAGAUUGAUGGAUACUGGAGACUUGUGGACGAAAAAUACAUGGACUCCAUGCUACAAAUGCUCUUGAAUAACAGAAUUUUAAACGACUGGUCUCUUGAUGCACUUGAUGAAGGUGUACUCAUGAAAGUGAUGAAAAUGGAUGGUUUUUCUGAAACACUCGUGCAUCAUUGUCUCGACGUCUAUGGCGAUAAACUCGAAGGAGAUGAGGGGAAUAGCUGUUUAUGGAGAUUGGAUGAGAAACGUGUUUGUGUGCAUUUUGCAAGAGAAGUCUUGAGGAAAGGAAAGAUGAAGGUGGAGCAUUUCAUGGAUGAAUGGCAAAAGAAAAUCCCUGUUGAAAUGCAUGCUAACUUUGACAUGUUGGAAGGUGAAGUUCUGACCGAGAGGCUCGGGGUCGAGACGUGGGUUCGUGGUUUUAGAGUAUCUUCAUUGCCAUUGAAUCCUGUUGAGCGUUUCUCCAUUUUGUUUAGAGAACGACCAAAAUGGGAGUGGAAGGAUCUGCAGCCAUACAUUAGGGAUCUUACAGUUCCAGGUCUUUCAUCUGAAGGUUUACUUCUCAAAUACACCCGACGAACUCAACCGAACCCAGAAGCCGAACCCGUGUUCAGUGCAAGAUAGAACAUGUUAUGCCUUAGCCACACUUGUAUUCAAAGUCCUGAUAGCUUGCAUUUCAAUGAAGCGAUCGGCUUGAUGGCGAUCCUGACGAUGUUAUAUGAAGUCCCCUUAACUUUGCAAUGUUUAGGAGUUCAUUACUUCAUGAAAAGAGAUCCAAAGGCUCCAUAUUCUCAGAAAUCCCUGUUAAAACAUGAGAUGAGUAUAACGAACUUAAUUCUUACAAUGAUUUUUUAAAUUAUGUACUCAUAUACUAACUAUAGCUUUAGCCAAUGCUUACCGUCUUUGGUAUC